AUGGGUCUGGAAAGGGAGAAACUGGACUCCAGCACCAUCAUGGACCGGGAUGAGUACCACCGCUCCAUCGAGCCCAUCCUGUCCGGGAAACAGGCGCUGUACGCGGGCACGGCAGGCGCACGGGACCCGGAGGAAAUCAACUCGCACCUUCAGGUGGUGUUCGAGGAUGUGAUCGCGGAGCCGUCCUCCUCCCACAGCUGCGACUCGGUCUGGCUCUGGUCUCACGCUGGCUUCGAGCUGGUCAAGUUCCUGUUCUAUCGGCUGCUGACCACUGUACUGGCCGUGCCCAUGGCCUUCCUGCUCGGAGUGGUCUUCGCCCUGCUCAGCCUCCUGCACAUAUGGCUGCUGACGCCUGCUGUGCGCGCUGUCCUGGUUCUGCUGCCGUCGCUGAGGAUCGUGUGGAGACAUUUCACAGAUUCUUUCGUUUCUCCAUUUUUCACCAGCGUCGGGAGAAUCCUCUCCUCGGUCAGAGUCAGCGCUUUGGAGGACUGA